AGAGCGAGCGAAGAAAUCUUCGAAAUUCCGUUGUGGCUGCUUGCGUUGGCGAUCACACACCAGUUCGAGAAGAGAGUUCGCAUUUUGUUUUGCGCGCGCGCGCGUUCUCAUCGGCGAACAGAACGAUUUCACUCGCGUGUUGGAAGAAAAAUGAAUCAAUUGUUCACGGCGGUCUGCGUCCUCAUCUGCGUCCUGUUCUGCGGCUUCGCUCACGGACGUCCUGCAAACGACAACCGAGGGUCGGACUAUAGCAUGUUGGCGGCACGUGCCCCAAAGCCGGAAGAUUUCUUGGACUAUGAGCAGAGUGCGUUUUCAACGCUUCCGUUUGGGAAUUCGCUGAUUCCGCCUAAAAUACGUCAAAGGCGACAGUCGGAUCAGAGACGCGCGGAGCUAGAAACGCUGAUGACAUUGUCGAGAACGGUCAAAAUCGGAGCCAAACGAACCAACCGACACUUGGACAUAAUGAUGAUCGGACGACGAAGACGCGCCGCGUUGAACGAGAUUGGCACCGAGCCGGCGUUCGUUCGUCGAAUCGACGAGCCGACGAAGCACGACGACGACGGUGACCCCACAUAUUCAUUGAUCAGCUGAAUGAGGCCCUAACGACGUUCAGCUAACAAAGAUGUGGACAUUUUCACGUUUCACGACGAGGGAUGAGCCUGACACACGGAGGAGGAAACAUUCUUCAUGCGUGGUCUCGGAAACAAGCGUUCAGGACUCACGAAACAAAAAAAACAAAAAAACAAAAAAAAACAAAUUAAAUGUCACGUACAGAAGAAGAGGGCGUAAUCGCGCGAAGGGAACAUCCGUAGAAUAUUUUGUAUAGUCUCGUUAGAUCUUUGAUGUACGUAUUCGAUCGACGGAUUUAUUUAUGUAUUUAUUUAUUUAUAUGUUUGCU